CGAAGGGAGAUAACUGCGCGCAUUAAGGAUUUUUCGGAGCUCUGGGACAGUCCAGCUAGGUAGGAUUCGUGCUGCAGAAGUUUACUGGUACUAACGGACUUUCUGAAGAAGCCACGCAUUGGAUGGUAGAACAAUAGCUGUUGCAUGCUGUCUGUUGUCUUGCGCGAUGUCGUCCCAGUAAUUUGAUCCACACCCAACAGUGAUAGAUCAACCAGCUGAGUGUUCAGGAGUUUCAUUGACUGGGCCGGCAGAGUAUAUUUGAUCCUAGAGCUUCAGCAUGCCAAUAGACCUCUCCACCGCUAAGCAGCAGCACCACCACCAUCAACAACAGCAGCAGCAACAACAUCCACCACCGCAGCAGCAGGGGAAGGGGAAAGGGGUACGCAUGAUUCGUCGCUAUCGCAGUCAUACUGAAGGCAGUCGGCCUGUUUCAACUCUUGGACACUACCGGGAGGAAAUGGAAUCAGAAGUAACCUUGCCCCCAGUUUUCAGGGAGAGGCUUGCAGAUCUGUUCUCACAGAUUGAGAAAGAAUUUGAAACACUGUAUGCCUCAAAUGUAGCAUUGCAAGAUCGCAUAGAUGCUUUAACAGAACGCCUCGAGGUGUGCAGCACAGCUGGAGAUGAAAAGCCCACCCGAGAGGUGCAGGAUGUAGUAGACUAUAGUGCUAAGACUAAACGAGCAGGUGCACAGUUGUCUCAAAAGAUCAAAACAACUUACAAAGCCUCCACUAGCAAACUUGUCUCUAGUUUCCGUGCACCUAAUACUGCAUACUCCCUGGUGCGCAACUACCGCGGGCAUCGAGAUGGUGUUUGGGAGGUCACAGUGUCAUGUUUUUCACAUCAGGUCGUUGGAACUGCUUCCGCAGAUCACACUGCACGCUUGUUCUCCAUUGAGAGUGGAACGUGUCUGCUUGUAUAUGCUGGGCAUCAGGGUUCUGUCAAUGCCAUCCGCUUUCACCCCAACCAAGACCUAGUCCUGACUGCUUCUGGUGACCACACAGCCCACAUAUGGCGUGCACAGUUUUCAGCACCACUGGCUGUGCCUGACGGUCAUAAAUCUCAUUCAUCUGGAGAGGAUGAGAUAGAUGUUUCAGAAAAAGAAGAUGGCACAGAUGGAGAGUACGGAGAACAUAUUUCAGACUGCCAGACAGUUCGCAACCACCUGCUGGAGCUUAAUGCACACUCAGAUGUACUUAUUGCUGCUGACUGGCUGGCAGGUGGGGCACAGGUUAUCACAGCUUCCUGGGAUCGCUCUGCCGCCCUGCAUGAUGCAGACACUGGCGAUGUCAUUAAUGUCUUGACAGGUCAUGACCAGGAGCUUAGUGAUGUACAUGCCCAUCCUACACAGCGCCUUGUUGUCACUUCCUCCAAAGACAUGACCUUUCGGCUGUGGGAUUUCAGGGACUCUGCUCUUUUGGUCAACGUAUUUCAAGGCCAUACUCAACCAGUUACAUCAGCAGUGUUUGCCAGUGGGGAUAAAGUAGUGUCUGGCAGUGAUGACCGCACUGUGCGAGUAUGGGACAUGCGCAACAUGAGGUCUCCAAUUGCCACCAUCCGCACCGACUCAGCAGUUAACAGAAUCUCUGUCUCACCUGUGCAAAACCUUAUUGCCAUCCCCCACGAUAACAGGCAUAUUCGCCUUUAUGACAUCAAUGGUGUGCGUAUUGGUCGUCUUCCCCGCAGCAAUAGACAGGGACACAGCCGCAUGGUAUGUGCAGUCAGUUGGGCAGAUGAGGCAGCAGCAACCAAUCUGUUUUCCUGUGGCUUUGACCGACAAGUGCUGGGAUGGCAUGUCAGUACCCAGGUGAAGGAGUAAAGUUCAGCUCAGUCAGGUUGUGGUCACGCCAUCGACACAUGAUCCUUCACCUUGUCCGGGCAGGCCUAGGCAUGCCAAACAGGUUGUGUAGAUGUCCUUUAUUCCACCAACUUAUCGUGUGUCCGUCUGACUGUCUCUUUGUAAGAAUUUUCCAAGAGGCUGCUGUUUGCUUUAUUGUAGCCAUUACCUGAAGGCAUGUGAUGAUUAGGAAAGGUUUCAGCCAGAAUCAGAAUAUAGAUUGAGUGAUAUUGCAAGUGCUGGCCUAUCACCAAAUGUUUCCAUGAACGUAAGUUCAUGCUGGUAAAGACGAUGCUUUUUCUGCCAGUGAUAUCACACUGUGGAAGGUAUAGAAAGGCAGAAUGACACAUUUUUUUUAAAGUCGGACCACAGUGAUUGUGCCACAAAGAAAUAUAUCUUCAGCUUUGGUGAAUUGUUGUAAUUUCUUAAAUAGAUAGCAACUUUGCCAUGACAUAGCAACUUCAUAAAAAUUAUGGCAUCUGAUUUUUUUUUCUUCACGUCUUUGUUUUUGAAGCAGCAUUUAUAGUGUCUUUAGGCUGAAAAUUAUGCUUGUGCAAAUUAGAAAACUUGCACCAUUUUUCUUAAACUUGUUAAAGAAAUAGUAGCGACUCAGAUUUUGACCACUUCUUUUAGCUUUGUGCUGUCACCUUUAUUUAAAGGGCCACACUUUCAGUGCAUGUAUAUCAAUAACACUUUACAGAAAAUUUUAUAAUCAAAUUCUGCGAGUAACUUUACAGGUUUUGGUUGUUUUUUUUUUUUUAACAAAUUUAUGUGCAAUUUUAGAGAUGUUCUUUCACACAAUAGCAUUUUGAUUUAUAAAUUUUUAUUCAUAUUGUGAUGGCAGGGUCUUUUGUAUCAUCUGAUAUCAUUUGUCUAUAGACAGGCUAAUAAAAAAAUCUACUUUAUUUAGAAUAACCACAUGCACACAUGCUAAAUUGUGGAUUUUGACCAUGCGUUAGGUUGAGCUGCAGCAGGAGAUGGUUCUGCUGCAGAUGUUUGUGAAACAAAAUGUGACUAAUUUUGCAGUUUGAAUAGAGAAAAGGGAGCAAGUUCUGAAGUGAAGUGGGGGAAUCAGAAGUUGAUUGCUCAAUUAAUCAUUUAGUGUAGAUCUUUGGCAGACAUAAAACAGUGUAGUCUGCCAAGGAGUAAAAAUAUCCAACGGGUGGAUAAGCACUGAGUAUGCUCAUUGUGGAAGUAACUGGCAGUUAAUUGCUUGCAGCUUCCCACUGGGAAAGAAGUAAAAGGUGACAGCACACCUGUCCUUCUUUCAAGCCUAGCCUGGUAGUAGGUCAGCAUCUGGAAUUUAGGACUUGGGGGGAAGUGUUAAGUGAUUAAAAUUACCCACAUUUUGUCUUCUUGUGCUUCUUUCUGUCCUAACCCUCACAAACAGUCCCAUUACGAGUUUGCUAAUCCUCACUGUCGUACAAGAGUUGACAUAUUUUGGAAUACUUUAUGCUCAAAAUGUAUUUGAGACCUGUUAAAGGAGGUGCCAGUUGGGAGUGAAUGUUAUUUUUGUGAAUGUUGUAAUUUCUCUGUCACAGAUUUGUGGUGGUCUGUUCUUUCAUUCCAGUCUCAGCAUAUGCAUGGUUUACUAUCUCUAUUAUUUGUGAUAAGGCAAAUCUUGAAGACAGCACUUUAUUUUUGAAAUUCUUUUAGCUGGUGUCAUUGUGUGUUUUGUAGACAGCUUCAGUUUUUUUCAAACCAGAAGGGUAAACAGAACUGAAAGUUAUGCGCCUAGGCAAACUUUCAGAAAACCUUUCAGAAUCUCAGAUUGAGACAUGCAGUUACUUUCUGCCUGUUUUUGUGCAAUAUGCAGCUUGUGUUGGCCCAGCAUGCAUGUACUAAUUCUAUAACUAUUGUACUUCUGGGUACAUUUGUACAGUUUCUUCUUGUUAAUAAAGGACGAAAUGUCCAUAAGCAGGUAUAGUGUAUGCUGUUUCUUUGUUUCAGUUUUGUUAUUUAUGUAUACUUUGUUUCUUUUGUUUCAGUUUUAUGUUUUUAUUUAUUUAUAGACAAACAUGGGAUGAAUGGGCUUUCAUUUCUUUUUAACAGAUGUAUAUUUUCUGGGAAGAUUUCUUUAGUUCCUGUUAUUCACAGGAGUGUGAAUAGAAACUUGUGAAGCCUGUGACAGUUCUGAAAGGCUUUUUUAAAGUGUAAAAUGUAUAAGAUGCCUGUGGCAUGAAUAAGAGAUGAAUAAUAAUGUAAAGUUGAAUGAAUGUGCCAAACAUGUCAAAGUCAUUUCAGACUUAUUGUUGUUGACAAAUAUUCCUGUAUUACAGAAACCUUCCAUUAAGCUUUUCCUCAACAUUGAUUAACUUUUGGGAGAUGUACUUGUAAAUCCUAUGUUUUGCAUAACAUGGGAACUAAUGGGAUAAAACCCAGAUCAAGCCAACUGCAACCAAACUUCAGUUUUCAAUGUAUGAUUCUUUGAUUUCAAGUUUUUGCCUGUUACAGUCUCAAAACAUGUAGUAGGCAGUUUUACUCUCUGUCUAAAAAUCUGCCAAAAAAGAGUACUGCUUAACAACUUAGCAUCAUCUGGAAAAACACAAUCACACACACUGCCCUAGUUAUUUCCAACAUAAUAUAUGGAAACUGAGAUGACUUCAGAAUUGUGUGGAAUCUCUGGCAAGGGUGGACACAGUAUUCCAUUUAUAACAAUUUUCUCUUAAAUGUGGUAAUUUGAUUUUUUUUCCUGCCCACACCUUUGCUGGCUGUUCACUAUUAUUACUGGAACUUUGUAAAUAUUUUUGUCAGCACAAGUGUUGUGCACCAUUUGCUAUGAUCACAUCUUCACUUAAAUUAUCUUCUGCUUCAAAAUGGCCUGAGUAUAUUAAGCUUCCCUAGUCUGAACAUUAUGUUUCCUUAAAAAAAAGUUUAACUCUCUGUUGUUGUUUUUUUUUUUUUUUUUUGGAAGCACAUUUUGCAAAAUUUGUCUCUUAGAGCAUAAAGGUUGUUAAAACUGAAACAUGGCUAGCUUUGAUGAACUCUACGCAUCUUUAUAUUUAGAGGGUGAAAGCUGAAGCUUUUCUAAUAAAUUUUCCACAGGCUUCACCUAAGUAUCAAAUGUAAAACCCAUCGCAUUUGACUGAGGUUCCAUAUAUCAGCUACGUCUGUGGGUUUGCCUUUGUGCAGCUGCAAAUCUGUAGUGUCCUUUCUCUCCCUUUCCUGUAACUGUAGAAAUGUGGCUGUUGAUUUUGUAAUACAGUAGAAGUUUGGCAUUGCUAGAAGUAUUCAUGGGUGGACAAUAACAAGUUAUUGAGAAGCAUUGGUGUAAUAAAGAAUGUUUUAUCACA